UUGACACUAACCUUUUGCGAAGCGUAAAGAGUGUAGGCAUUAAUCAUGAUGGAUAUAUCUGGUCCUCCUAGGGGAGGAUACCGUGGCCGAGGAGGCCCACCGCGAGGUGGAUACAGUGACCGGGGCAGUUCACCAUUUCCGUUCAGAGGCCGUGGUCGUGGAGGAGGGCCACCGAUGGGUCCGCGGAUGGGCAUGGGAGGUGGGGGACCACCGAUGAUGCGAGUGCGAGGAGGCAUGAUGCGCGGGGGCGGUCCACCACGCGGUAUGGGUGGUCCGCCACGAGGAGGCGGUCCUCCAAUGUCUCGCGGGGGUCCUUACGGUGGGGGCGGUCGGCCGAUGGGAAGCCGUUCCGGGUACGGUGGUCCGCCGUCCUCAGUGUCGAACGGAUCGGGACCACCAGCUUCGAUUGCAGCCGUAGAAAACGGUGACGGCGGAAAAGCGGCAGACACAAACGGCACUGCGAAAGCCGUCUCGACAACCUCGGGAGGAUCGGGUGCAGGUCAGGGUGGUGCCGGUGGCUCCGGAAAUGCAGGAUCUGGAGCUCCACAAAGUGGCGCUACCGGUGGAUCCGAUGCAGAGCAUAUGUCACCAAAACAGUCGAUUAAAACUGCCGACUCGAGUAGCCUCGCCGUGGCAUCUCAGGAGUCCUCGAUUCAAUCGACGUACCAUUCGUCACCUCGUGGCAUGUCUCGCGGACGGGGCGGAUUUAUGUCCCGCGGAAUGAGUCGCGGCCGUGGAGGCGGGGGAGGUGGAUACGGGGGCGAUUACGGUGGGCCGAAACCGUUCCGCGGUGGAAUGGGUGGUGGUCGUGGACGAGGUGGCGGCGGUGGAGGUUAUGGCGGUGGCGGCGGCGGCGGUGGUGGUGGCGGAGGAUACGGCGGAGGUGGUCCGUCAGGUGGUGGUUAUGGCGGGGGUGGUGGAGGCAUGGGAGGAGGAGGUGGUGGUGGCGGAGGAUAUGGCAAUGCACCUCCUUCAUCUUACAAUCCGAUGGGAGGGUACGGACAAAAUAACGGCGGUCCCGGAGGCGGUGGAUACGGUCAAGGUCCUCCGCCACCGCGCCAGUUCGACUCUCGUCAACCCUCGAACCCGUCUUCUGUGCCACCGAUUAACAAACGUGGAGGAAUACCGGGUGUUGGCGGACCGCCAGGUCCAAAACGUGGCCGCUACGAUGCCGGCCCGCCUAGCCGAGCCCUGCCCCCAAAAGCGAUGCCUCCGCAUCACGGUUCGGCGGCUCCCGUUCCCUCGUACAGCGCUCCCCCGCAGCAGAUGCCCAACCACGGUGGCUACAGCGACCCGAAUGCGCAUGCCCCUCAGAUGGAGCAUCAGUACACACACACGGCCUCGGCUAAUACGGGCGGGUACGGCAACACGGCCGCACAACAAACUGGUUACGCGAGCAAUGGCUACAGCCAAGGCUCUUACGGCACGACAACGAUGGCCAGCACUGGCUAUCCCAGCACCGGCACGGAGUACGAUACUACGCACUACGACUAUAGCAACACCGCGACGUACGACACGCGUUAUCAAUCUGGCUAUACGCAGGAUUACAGUCAACCGUACGGUACUACCACGGAUUAUAGUGCUGUGUCGACGGAUACAUACGCCAGUCAGCAGUAUGACGAUCGAUCCACAGCAUACAGUGGCUAUGACGCGCAAGCGUAUUCGCAGGGCUACGCCAAAACCGAUCAAUACGCGCACAGCGGUUACUAUUGAACGGCUUAAAGAGAAAACAGAUGAACAAACCAAAACGCAAAAUGGG